AUGCGUUUGCUCCUCCCCUGCUUUCCAAAUCGCCCAAAGACUGUCGCUUCCCUCAGCUCGUCUGCACUCAGGGGCCUUCUCCUCAAAGUCCGAUGCCAUAGCUCCGAACUGCGGGGACCCACGAUAGGCGCCCCUUGUCCCGAGCGGGGAGGGGGUUCCCGCCCUGCGCUCUUUCCCCCAAUCCCUCCACUGGUCCCUCCUGGAGAGGCUUUCACGCGGCCCGCAGGGGGGUCAUUCCGGGUCUGGCUGAAGCGCGCUCCACACAUCAGCGCCCGAGUCAGUGUGGGUAACCCGCGCGCACACGGGCACACGCACCCCGACCCCCGACCCCAGGCCGUGGCCUCUGCAGCUGGAGGUGAUUUCCCCGAGCUGGCCGACGGUCGCACGUGCCCGCCAAGCGCCCACAACGCGCAGGUCUGGGCCCUGAUCGCCCGCCACGAGGCGUUUGGGGCGGAGCUGCUGCUCAGGCUCUUCACGGUCUAUCCCAGCACCAAGACCUACUUCAAGCACGUGGGCGUCUGCCCUGACGAGACCCAGCCGCGGACCCACGGACCACGCGGGCUCCAGGCGGUGGGCGUGGCCGCACACGUCGACCACCUGCGCGCCGCGCGGAGCCCGCUCGCCCCCCUGCACGCGCACGUGCUCCGCGUGCACCCCUCCAACUUCCCCGAGGGCCUGCCCCGGCUUCAGUGGGGUUCGCGGGCAGCCAGGCCUGGGGACGAGCUCACCGUGGAGACGCACGCGGCGGGGGACGAGUUCUUGACCCACGUGGCCACGGUGCUGACUGAGAAGUACCGCUGA